AAUACAUAUAAAUCCAACUAGCUUCAACUUUUCUCUCUUUGAUACCCUCUGCAGAAGCUGCGAGCAUUUUCCAUAGUGAUUUUGAGUUCGAAUUGGAGAAAUAGUUUUAAAAUAUAUCGUCAAUGUCGACGGAGGAGGAAAACGCCAUUGAGGCGGCGGCAGCGGCGCGAAGGGAGAGGCUGAGAGCCCUCAGAGAAGCUCAAGAACUUCUUCAAACCCCUGACGAUGAUGGUAACAAGACUAAAGAAGAGGAAGACGAAAAUGAUGUCCAAAUGAAGUUCCGCAAUUACUUGCCACAUGACAAGCAGCUUCAAGAAGGCAAAGUCACUCCGCCAGUACUUCCAAAGUUCGAAGAUCCUAUUGCGACUCUACCUCCUCCAGAAGAGAAGAAAGAGGAUCCAUUUCUAAAUAUUGUCCCCAAGAAGCCAAAUUGGGACCUGCGACGGGAUGUGCAAAAGAAACUUGACAAGCUUGAGAAACGUACCAUGAAGGCACUCACUCAACUUAUGGAGGAAGAAGAAAAGAAGAGGAAAAUAGCUGAAGAAGAGGAUACUGAAAAUGGUGGAGAUUAGAUAGAUCUGCACCAAUAAUACAAUACAUUGUGGUUUUGGACAAGUGCUGUAUGAGUAUUAUAUUUAUUACAUCUAGUCUUUUUGACUGUGAGACGUUGUAGCGAGUGUUGUUAAAAAUAUGAAUACAGGUUAAAUGUCCAGAAUAUAUUCGUAAACUUUUGCCAAAUACGAGAAUUGUCUGAUCUUUUUUAUAUACUGGUUAUACUAAGAGAAAAUAAA